AUGUACUGGUUUGUGCAGACUUUCGUAUUUGGCGAAAUUACCAGGAUGAACAUAGGCGUUCAAAUGGGGCAUCACACGAUUUUCAUCGUUGCAGUCCUGCUUUUUAAAUCAACACUUCAGUAUCAACAGGAGUUGAAGAACAAUCAACAAAAUACUGCAAAAGACUCAGACUCUUUUAAUUCAGUUAAUGUAACUGAGUGUAUUGAAUUGAAGGAUGCUAAUUUGAACAUCAAUAAUCAACAAAGUGGAACAAUGAAUUCAAGUUCAAGAAAUUCACAUUUACCACCAUUAAAUAGAAUUACCGUUAUCUCUCAAGAUGACUUUCAUCAGUUAUGUGCUCUUCUGGAAUUUCGCGGUUAUUUUCUUAUUACAUAUACAAACAAUCGUUCGAAAGAGACAACCUGUUAUCGAAUUCCUAUCGAUUUGACAGAGAAAUAUUCUUCGAAAGAUGAGAUUUCUUACAUUUUGGAUAAAUCUUUUUUGAUGAAUCAUAACAACACAAACAGCAAUAUAUCGGAUAAUAACAGUAAUAACAAAUCAAAAAUACCAUAUGUUGAGCCAGAUAAUUUGAUAAUAGUAACAACGAAUUCAUCAUGCUGUGACAGUUUUCUUCGAUGUUUCUCUCUUCCACUCAAUUCUAGUGGAAAUGUGAACAGUUUGAUAAGAGAUUGGACAAUUGAUUUUUACUGGAACCGUACACCAGAAAUGUACGAGUUUGGUGAAGAGGGUUGGAGUAGUGUUGGUUCACCUGUUGGCGCAUUAUCAGGUGUUUAUGAUCUGGUUGAUGUGAAACUAAAGUACCGUUUUGAUAGAAAUUCUGGAUUUGACUUUCUAAUAAGUGGAAAUGCGGUUAAAAAUGAAAUUUCUCUAUCAUUUAUAGAUGGUCCAGGUGAACAAAAGAAUGUUUUGUCAAAUUUAAAAAAAAAAGUGAUAUUUAUACAAUAA